UUACUAACCACCUACCUGUCCGAUUAACAAACUUAAAGGUUCACAUGAGAUGCCAAGGAAGUGUUUUCUGGCCAUCGAACCAUGACACAAAGGCACACCCAGGUAUUUGCGCCAUAAUAUUUGCAAAACUAAACCUGCGUGGACGUGCGCCUCUUUCCAAUUUAGAAAAAAAAGUUGAAACUUUUUACUUAAUCUGUGGGAAUUUUAGCGGGAGAAUUUCGGAAUUUGUAUUUAGAACUCGUGAAUUGGCCGCGAAUGUGUGUUAGCUGUCUCAUUUCCUCGUAUCGUGUUGUUUUAAGUGCGGAAGAGAUAAAUGUACUUUUGUUACUUCGUCAUAACAUUUAUGAAAAGUUUUAGAGAGUGCUGAAAUUGGAAUUUCGAUUUCCAUUGCGUGAACUCUUAAUUUUUUUUAAUAAAAUUUAUUUUUAAAACAAUGGAUUUUGAUUAAAAUAAUAUUUUUCACAAAGUUUUUUAAUUAAAAGGACGAUUAAAAAUAAGUGAAAAAUAUUUAAAAAAUGGAGGCUACAAAUUAAAUGCAGUGUUGAAACUAUGUUAGUUGGUUUGUUAGUAAAAAUGUUGAACAUACUAGUAUUGUGCCCGGUGUUGCUCGCGGCUGCUGUACAGACGCUCACCAUUGAUUCGCAACUUGGAACUUCUAUAGAAGAUUGCUUCGAACGAGUAUCGAUCGGAGAGCAACUACCGCCUGACGCCAUCUACCGAAACGUGACGGAACUAACAACGAGAGAAUGCGAGCAGAUCUGCAAACAAGACAAACAAUGCCAGAGCUAUGAUUACGGAGUCGGUGCAAAAGGCAACGCCACAUGCAACCUUAGCAACAACGAUGAAAAAACCCUCAAAGAGAAGAACUCACUCCUCAGAAAUCCAGACUACGACUUCUACGUCCGUCGUAUUCAAUGCGAGCAAUCCUCCCCUUCUCCCAUCCAACCACAGUUCGAUGAACCUUCAGACGGUCCAGGACCAGCUCAUAGACCAGUUUUCAGACCUGUAGAUGAUCCAAAAUUACCCUUCACUGAUGACUACCUCAUUUCUGGAGACCUUGAGUCGUAUGGAGUAGCCAGACCGGUUUACAAACCCCAGUAUGACGAACGACCUGAUGACUAUUCGAAUCCUAAACCUGAUUUUGAUGCUGGACCCAGUUAUGGUGAUCAUAAGCCUCAAGAUAUGCCUUAUAAGCCUGAAAAGCCAGUGCAAAAUGGAUCUUAUAACACAAGGCCGGAUCCUUAUGACGUUUUGCAGUUGCAAGAUCCUUAUAAGCCUAAUAACAGGCCAGGGUAUCCUGGCAAUGAUUACAAUAGGCCUAGGCCUCCAUAUGUACCAGAAAAACCUGAAUACCACUACAUCAUCAGGCCGCAUAGAAAGCCUAGACCUCAAAGUGAUGUAGGUUAUAAUAAACCUACUAAUGAUUACCCAAGACCAGGUUAUGGAGACCCUGAGCCUGGUUAUGGACCGGCUCCUGUAGGUCCAAGACCUUAUCCUAACAAAGAACCAUACGAUCGGCCUAGACCAGGAUACCAGGGAUCAGCCGGCUAUGGUCAAAAUGAUAACUCAAUACACGUAGAAAUUAAAGACCCUCCGAGACCAUACAAGCCUCCGAAACCAACUUCUGGUCAAGGUAUUUAUGGAUAUGGAACAUAUUCGAGUCAGAAUUCUUAUUCACAAUCACAAAGUUCCCAGUCCCAAUACUAUGGAUCUGUAGGAGGAGAUGUUGGCUAUGGUUCAAGCCCAUAUAGACCAGACCCUAGACCAGAACGACCAGGUUAUGGAGAACCGGACGAUAGUGGUUACGGUGGUGGUUCAAAACCACAAAAACCUAGUUACGGUAAUGAUAAACCUGGUUAUGGAAAUGACAGACCAACCUAUGGUAAUGAUAAACCAAGUUAUGGUAAUGACAGACCAUCUUAUGGUAAUGAUAAACCUAGUUAUGGGAAUGAUAAACCUACAUAUGGAAAUGAUAGACCAUCCUACGGUAAUGAUAGACCAACAUAUGGUGCAGAAAAACCGGGCUACGGGAAUGAUAAGCCGGCUUAUGGGAAUGAUAAACCAGCGUAUGGGAACGACAAACCUUCUUAUGGGAGUGAAAGACCAGGUUAUGGAAACGAUAGACCAUCAUAUGGGAAUGAUCGACCAUCGUAUGGGAAUGACCGACCACCAUACACUAAUGAUAGGCCAGCAUAUGGUAACGACAAACCAUCUUACGGAAAUGAUAAACCUGCAUAUGGUAAUGACCGCCCCUCUUAUGGGAGUGAAAAACCUGGUUAUGGUAAUGAUAGGCCAUCAUAUGGUAAUGAUAAACCUUUACCUUCGUACGGCAACCAGGUUUCUUACGGCAGCAACCAUGCUUCUUUCAGUCAGAGCGAUUACAGUAGCAACCACGCUAGUUACGGAGGUCAGUACUACUUUAACAGACCUUAUGGUCAGACAGACAGCGGUUAUGGGUUGCAGAAACCUCAAGAUUACCAUAAGCCUUCGUAUGGACCUCAGGGUGGUUAUGGAGGAAAUGGGGCAGGUUAUGGUAAUAAUCAAAGUUCUUAUGGUGGAUAUGGGUCAUAUGGACAAGGAUCUUACGGGGGACAAGGUUCUUAUGGAAGCCAAGGCUAUGGGGGUAGUCAAGGAUCUUAUGGGACCACCUCAGGCGGUUAUGGAAGUACCCAAGGUUCUUAUGGAGGAACGCAAGGCUAUGGAGGAUCUACAGCUUCCUAUGGGGGAUCUCAAGCAUCAUACGGGAGUACACAAUCUUCACAAAGCAGCAGUAGCUCUUAUGGAAGUCAGAGUUCUUAUGGUGGACAAAGUGAUUUUAAUGGUGGAUCUUAUGGAGGAACUUCGGGUUCUUAUGGGGGAACUUCAGGUGGCUAUGGAUCUAGCCAAGGGUCAUAUGGAAGCAGUACAGGGUCCUAUGGUAGUAGCCAAGGUUCUUAUGGGAGUCAGAACGAUAAUAAUAGACCUAGCUAUGGAGGAAGACCAACUACUAGUAAGCCUGCAUAUGGAAAGCCGCAGAAGCCGUCUUAUGGAAGUGAAGAUUCUGAUACAGGAUAUGGCAAACCCCCUAUCGACCCAAACCGCCCCGACUACAUAAACCCAGAUGACCCCGGCUAUGAUACAGACCCAGACAAACCGAUCUACGGUAAUGACAAACCAACCUACGGUAAUGACAAACCAGCCUACGGUAAUGACAAACCAAACAAACCCGGUAAUGAUCCAAACAGACCAGAUAUCAAACCGGUGUAUGAGUACGAGUUGGAGAAACCUGGGAACGUGCCGAGUUACGUGGUGAAGCCUGGCGGAGAAGUGGUGACUUCCAGACCUAUGGCUGUCAGUGAAUAUGAAGAAGCUUAUGGAAGGAAUCCGGGAAGAGAGAUUUAUAAAUCCUGCUUCCGCCGCGUCCUGGCCGGGAAGAGAGCUCUCAGGAGUCACGUCAGGAAGGUGGUUCCAUGCGAGAGGCUGGAGGACUGCAGAAGAGAAUGUGCCACCGAGAAGAGGUUCCCUUGCGAAAGCUUUAAUUAUAGAUUAGACCGCACAUUCCGAGGAAAAGGCCUCUGCGAGUUAAUGACCAAACCAAUAGAAGCCUUCGACCUUCGACGGGACUUCGUUGAAGACAAAGACUUCGAUUUUUUCGAGCUGGACCGAAAUAGCUUGGAACCCAACUGCCCAGACACUUUGAGAGGACCAGGGGUCUUGCAUUCUGGUUUUUUAUCCUCAAAACCGAAUAGGAUACCUGAUGGGGAUGGUGCUUCAAGUGGGUGGAGGGAUAGGUAUGAUUCCUUUGAUGGGAGACAUAGGGAUCGAUUUGAUGGGGAUAGAAGAGGGAGUUACGGGAAUAGAAGAUAUGAAGACAGAUUUUUCGUGCCUUAUAGGAUUAAUCAGGGCUUAGCUCGCAGCAACGAAGACCAGGACCAUUGGGGCAAAUACGGCGGUGAAUAUGGAGGAUACGAAAGUUAUUACAAAGACAGAAAUGAUUACCACAAAUCUAUCAGCCAUUGGCAAAUAUCCAGCGAUGUGGAACCCCCAACCUAUGGCGUCAAACCUCAUUCAAACACCAAGUUUGACUACCAUAGUUUAGGCAAAAAUGGGGGCGGUUGGAUUGGGAACAGAUAUGGUUAUGGUGCUUGGAAAAGGGGGCGGUGGAAUAGUGGGGGCAGUGCUAAUGGACUAGAUUUUGAGGAUGCAAGUUUUUUUAAGGAUAAAUCUCACCAUGAUAUUACGCCAGGUAUUGAUAGGAGUGAUGAUGGAAGGACUAAAGACUGCUCCUCUCGCCGUCGACCAGGCAUGUCUCUAGGUACUGGAGCCAUAAGAAGAGCGCUGAUAUCUCGCAAUGUGGUAGAGUGUGAAGCUGCCUGCUUCAGCGAGAGAGAGUUCAAAUGUGUUUCUUAUAGCUAUCGGUAUUCAAAUUCCCACGGCACAGACAACUGUUUCCUUAGCGAGCGUCCAUACAGAGGAUUAGAACUGGCCGCAGAUAGUAGUUCUGAUGUGUAUGCAAUGCCACAGGAUCAGGGCUGCGUGACUAUCAACUAUAAGCCUUGGGUUGAGAGCGAAUGUUUCUGGCACGUUCGCUCGGGCGCCGCGGUGAGCGACACGGCAAUCCGAGCGGCGCUGACUGUUGGGGGGUUGGGGGCUUGCGAGGCUGAGUGUAUCAGGGCUCAUGCUUUCUUCUGCAGGGGAUUUAGUUUUAGAUUCGACUCCCCAACGAUAGGCGAUGACUUAGAGAACUGCAUCCUCACGUCAUCACCACCCACCUCGCUGGACAGUGGGCGUGGGCUGCGUCCCAACAGUGGGCACGAGUUAUACGCGAGAGGGAACUACGGCAGAGGCUGUGAGCCGGCGUUGUAUGAUGAUGUGCAGCAUCGCGAUGAAGAAUGUUACCUCCAAUACGACAAGGCGGCCAAACUGACAGGAUCCGCGAUCCGCGGGCAGGCGCGCGUCAAGGACGAGCAAGCGUGCGGACACGCCUGCAAUGACGCUCCCUUUAGAUGUCUUAGCUUUUCUUUUAACAACAACGCGCCCCCCAAGACGGACAACUGCCUCCUAUCCGAGAUCCGUCUGUUUGAUCUACAGCGCGGAGUAGACUACGUGCACUCGGCUGAUGAUUGGCUGUUUGCCUUCGACCUGUUUAACGGACAGUGCUGGAGGAAGGUCCAUGUUGGGGAUUAUGAUGAACCAGCUCCAGAAAUACCACGUCCCCUCUCAUCACCACCUAUCGAGGACCCGUACUCUAUAUCCGGCCCGUCCGGUCCCCCCGGACCUCCGGGAACUACAGGACUGUCCGGUCCUAGCGCUCCGUCAGGACCCGGGUAUUUGCCUGAACAUGAUAAUGAACCACCAUUUAUACCAGCAUCAGGACCACCAAGUGGACCCGGGUUCAAACCCUACGCACCCGGGUCAGAACCGCCUAUCUACAAACCCGGUUAUCCCGAACCAUCCGGCCCCGGUUACAAACCAAACUACCUACCCGGUUCCCACAAACCUUACCCAGAACCAUCUGGACCAGGGUUCAAACCCGGAUAUCCCGGUCCUAGUUUCAAACCCGGUUAUUCCGGUCCAUCAGGCCCCACUUUCGAAUCCGACUACCCAGGACCUAUUUCACCUAGUUUCAAACCUGUUUACCCACCGGGAGUUAAUUCUAACCUGAAGCCUGGAUAUCCGGGUGAACCUAGUGGACCAAGCUUUAAGCCUGGGUAUCUUCCAGACCCGGAUCUCAAACCAGGUUUUAGGCCCUCGGCGCCUCCUCAAAGACCAGUAUACAGACCUAUUUCGGAUGGACCAGAAUAUUUACCAGAAAAACCAGGGUAUAUACCGGACCGUAGACCAGGGUACCCGGGGCCUAGUAGACCGGUUUAUAAUGAACCGAGACCGACCAGACCUGUUAGACCGAUUGUAAAGCCUGGUUAUCCCGAUCGAAUUGACAAUGAACCAAUAUCAGUGUCAUGGCGUCACUACACGGUGUCAGGGUUCCCGUGCCGCGCCGGCACCACGUGUGCACAGAACACGGUGGCCAAACACUGGGCUUGUGAACCCGAAGGCGGAGAGAUCGGUUCUUGGGACUACUGCUGUGCACCAACUCAUCGAUGUGGCUACAGCGAAGGUUUCCAUAAACCAUGGUGCUACGUAGGAACAAACGAAGAUCAAUGGCGUCCGUGCAGCGAGAAGUACUAUCCGUACCAUCAACACAAAGUACCGCAUCCAUCACAAACUCAUGUUCAUGGACCUGGACAUCAGUACGCUCCGGGGAAUAGAGAAGACAUCCCACCUAUUCCUAUAACACCUCGUCCCUGGCAACGACCACCCUACAGUGACAGGCCUGCAGGGACGCCAGGACUGUCAGGCCCUCCGGGACUCUCAGGACCCCCGGGACUCUCAGGUCCCCCCGGGCCGUACCUGUCGGAAGGCGAUAGAAAGUACUGGGACGAUUUGUACAAGAAUGGACCUCAAGCGUAUUAUGAUAAAUACGGAAAUCCUCUGCCAGGUUACUCCCGCGUACCAACAGAAUCUCGACCACACAUAAAAUUAUCACACAACUACCCGCAGCCGGGUGGCGGGAACUGGUUACCCGUGUCACCAUCACAUGACCCUGAAGGACCUCCUCCUAAUGGGCUGGGAGUGCCUAGAUACUGGCCCGUAGCCUACCUUCACAAAGGUCCACCUCCAAACACAACAUAUUUCCGCUACAACGAGACCCAACGGCCAACAACAACAACAGAACGGUACUCAACACCCCCCGAAUCAACAACUUUACCCCCUCGAUCAACAACAGACAGACACAGAGACGAGAAGAAAUUCAACAUGAGUGACUACGACGACAUUACUAGCACAACUACGUUCAAACCAACAGUUAAAACAACUACAACUACACCGACAACUACUGAACUACCUGAAGUUUUACAACCAGUUACUGAAAAUAUAACUGAAGUUGAACUAGUUAAACCAGAAAGCGUUAAAAUUAAAGAUAAGAUCAAAGGCAUAGAUGAUAAGUUAGAUGAUUUUUCAGGAUCAAUAGAAGUUUUAGAUUUAGAUGAUGUAAAAGGGGAUAAAAUAGCAGAUUUGAAAACUUUAGAAGCUGAAGAGAGGCAGAUUGAAGAAAUAGGCAGGAUUUUAGCUUCCAGAAGAGGUGGGAAGUUAGUUCUAGAUAAACGUUCGCAAAAAGAUUUGGAAGCUAAAAGUAUAGCUGUGGAUAAAGAUUUAAUAGAUUUUAACUUCGGCAAUAGAUUUAACGUUGAAAGAAGAGGAGUGAUACAAAAAGUGAGUAAAGAUGAGAUAGAAAGAGAAAGAGGACUCGAUAAGAGUUUAGAAGUAAGUGAGACUUCCUUUGUUCGUCCCCCUAGAGUUUUAUCUACAACAGAAAAUAUAAGAAAAGCUAUAGUUAAUGGCAAAGUAUUUUACGAUGCAACAAUAAGAGAGCAGAGAGAUACAUUUUUUAAUAAUUCAACAAGAAAAAGUAAGAGUUUGAGAAACGGAGAUGAUUCUAAAAUAACUAAUCUUACAUCUUCUGCGAGUUUUGGCAAGAAGAUAAUUAAACCAAGAAAUGUGAACCCAGUGAGAAGAGUUAGAAGGGUUUAUAGAAAGAGAUAUAAUCCAGAAGAAGUGAGAAGGAGAUUGUUAGAAAGAGAAAAGAGUAAACAAGAGAUUAGUACAGAGAACUCGAGAAAAAUAUAAGUAGCUUCUUAUCGCAAUAAUUUUCGAAUAAAAAUAUUUUAUGCUUAUGUAAUUUAAAAACGUCUCACGUAUAAUUUUAAAAUAUUAUAAUAUUAUCUUUAUUUUUUAAAAGGAUUGGUGCUUUAAAUAAAUUGUCAGUUUGACUUUAAAUUUUUAUUUAAGUUGAAUUGACGAUGCAUAUUCGAAAUUUUGUAAAAUUUAAAAUAUUAAAUUAAGUUAAAGUAUUUUUUAAAUGCAUUAAGUUUUAUUUAAAACUCGAUAUUAUUUUAAAAUUUAAGACGUACUUUUUAAAUAUAAUUUGUGAUAAUUUCUUUCUAUACGUUCCCAAAACGAAAUAAGUUACCACGAAGAAAUUGAUUGCGAUUCUAGAACUGUAAGUU